GUUUUUCUCGCUUCCCCCACUAAGAUGCACAAACAUCCUAUGUCUUUAUAUUAUUAAAAUAUAAAACCAAAAACUUAGAUAUAAACGAACCAAUUUCUCAGCAGAGUCCACCAUUUCCAACACAACACAACCAUUCAUCAAAUCAAACCUCAACUGACUUGGUAAACUCAAGAUGAUGUAGGCUUUAGAUCCGAGUGAUGAAAGUUGGCCAAUUGUUUGCACAAAAAAUAAUUCUGUGUGAAGCAAUAUGGGGAACAAUUGUGUUGGUCCUAGCAUUUCAAAAAAUGGUUUUAUUCAAUCAGUUUCUGCAGCAUUUUGGCGAUCUGAAUUGCCUGAAGGUUCAGUGUCUAAUAGAGAAUCUGCAAAUGAGGAAACAACUAAUGAGCCUGAAUCACCCUUGCCUGUCCAAAGCAAACCUCCUGAGCAGAUAACUAUGCCCAAACCAGAAGCGAAACCAGAAACAAAACAGGAGGCAAAAUCGGAAAAGGAACCAGAAAAGGAGAAGAAGAAACCGAAGAAACCCGGUUCUGUGAAGAGAGUUUCUAGUGCAGGACUUCGUGUCGAUUCCGUGUUACUAAGAGAAACUGGUAAUUUCAAGGAAUUCUUCAGUCUGGGGAGAAAACUUGGACAGGGCCAGUUUGGGACAACAUUCUUGUGUGUGGAGAAGGCAACAGGACAUGAGUUUGCAUGUAAAUCUAUUGCAAAGAGGAAGCUGGUAAGUGAUGAUGAUGUUGAGGAUGUGAGAAGAGAAAUUCAGAUAAUGCACCACUUGUCUGGGCAUCCUAAUGUUAUAGCCAUCAAAGAUGCUUAUGAGGAUGCGGUGGCUGUUCAUGUUGUGAUGGAAUUAUGUGCAGGUGGUGAGCUUUUUGAUAGGAUUAUUCAUCAUGGGCAUUUUACUGAAAGAAAAGCUGCUGACCUUAUUAGGACUAUAGUUGGGGUUGUGGAAGCUUGUCAUUCUCUAGGUGUGAUGCACAGAGAUCUUAAACCUGAGAAUUUUCUCUUUGUUAAUCAGCAAGAGGAUUCACUUCUCAAAACCAUUGACUUUGGAUUAUCUGUGUUCUUUAAGCCAGGUGAUGUAUUUACUGAUGUUGUUGGCAGCCCGUAUUAUGUUGCUCCAGAAGUUUUACGAAAGCGUUAUGGUCCUGAAGCUGAUGUUUGGAGUGCUGGGGUUAUCCUUUACAUUCUUUUGAGUGGAGUGCCUCCAUUUUGGGCUGAAAGCGAACAAGGAAUAUUUGAACAGGUUCUGCAUGGUGAUCUUGACUUCACUUCAGAUCCCUGGCCUGGAAUUUCUGAAAGUGCAAAAGAUUUAGUAAGGAAAAUGCUUGUUCGCGACCCUAGAAGGCGGAUGACUGCAUAUCAAGUAUUAUGUCAUCCUUGGAUUCAAGUUGAUGGUGUAGCUCCUGACCACCCACUUGAUUCCGCUGUAUUAAGUCGCUUGAAGCAAUUUUCUGCUAUGAACAAGCUCAAGAAAAUGGCUCUUAUUAUUAUUGCAGAGAGCUUAUCUGAAGAAGAAAUAGCUGGCUUAAGAGAAAUGUUCAAGAUGAUAGAUGCAGACAACAGUGGUCAAAUCACUUUUGAAGAACUUAAAGCUGGUUUGAAAAGAGUGGGUGCUAAUCUUAAGGAGUCUGAAAUUUAUGAUUUAAUGCAUGCGGCUGAUAUAGACAACAGUGGGACAAUUGAUUAUGGCGAGUUCAUUGCGGCAACAUUGCAUCUUAACAAGAUUGAAAGAGAAGAUCAUCUAUUUGCUGCCUUUUCUUACUUUGAUAAAGAUGGAAGUGGCUAUAUUACUCAAGAAGAACUUCAACAGGCUUGUGAUGAGUUCGGCAUAAAAGAUGUCCGAUUGGAAGAGAUAAUCAAGGAAAUUGAUCAAGAUAAUGAUGGUCACAUAGAUUAUAAUGAAUUUGUGGCUAUGAUGCAGAAAGGAAAUCUUCCUGUGGUUGGUAAAAAGGGCCUAGAAAAUAGCUUCAGCAUUCGUUUCAGGGAGGCAUUGAAAUUGUAGUAUUCAUUGUCAGCAUUGAUAUUUUUUUCCCCUUCCCUUAUUUCCAACCCCAUCCCCCUUCUUUCUUUCUUUGAAGGUUCAAGAUUUUAUGAUUUAGUUCAAGAGAUCGCAUUGGGGCCAGUUGGACCCUUCUUUUCUACAGUUAUUUUAUUUGUGUCCAGUUUAAAUGGAUUUUUGUAAUUACGAGAGUAUACUAAACAGAGAUAUAUGGUGGAAUUUUACUCUUAUAGAGGAAAAUGAUUAUUUAUUAAUUGAAUAG